UCUCGUAACGGUUUAUUGCGCGAACGAAAAAAGUGCGACCGGCUUGGUAGCGCGUAGGAAUAUAUCAAGCACUUGCUCCAAGUCGGAGUAGAUGGGAAGGCUGUGAGUGAUUAUUGUGCCUAAGAGAGGGAAAUAGACUACUAACAGACGUUGCUUGGUCAAGCUUGAGGAAGGACAGUGUCCAGAAUGGAUUUAUCUAUUACGCCUGUUGUGUUGUCAUUGCUGCUCAUAGGAAUUAGCUAUGCCCAGGAAAUUAAGCUUAACCCAGAUGUUCCGAGUAUAAGACGAGAAACAAACACGAAAGGAUUAGUAUUAUACUGUCAGGCAGACGGGUUAGCAGAUGACCAAAAUGCAAACUUGGAAUGGUUGGACAAAGCAGACAACGUCAUUGGACCAUACAACAGUGCGGAAAUGUCCAGGAUCUACUCAAUGUCGAUUGGUAACAGUAACCGCCUGCAGUUUGACACGCUGAAGAACGGAGAUGAGGGAACGUAUACGUGCCGAGGCACAAUCGGAGGCAACACCUUGACCAAGGAUAUACAGCUCAAUCUCUACGAUGGAAUCAAGGUGUCCUCCAACCACACUCAGCAGCCAAACAUCCACACGGAUGCUGUGAUCAAGUGCGACGCAACGGCAAACCCUGCACCCACGGUACAGUGGCUCUUUGGCAACAGGAGCGCCGUCAGAGGUGACCGCUACAAGCAGCUGGACCAUGGACUGGAGAUCAAGAACAUCACCAAGGCUGACAACGGAGUCUACAUCUGCCUCAUCACUGUGGAAGAAAUGUUCGAUUCGCUGCCGUUUGCCGUCACUGUCAAAGUGACAGUCCCACCUUCCCUGAAGGGCCCCCCCAACUCGUAGUACACCCAUUGUCGGCAAGAGGUUCGAGAUGACGUGCGUGGCAGAUGGCACUCCACCACCAUCAUUUACAUUCAAGAAGGAUGAUAUUGUUCUGUCGGGAGAGAGAUACAAGGUGAGCAUCGUCAAUGACGUGAAUGGUGUCAACCAAGGCAUCCUGGUCAUCGACGAGCUCCAAGACAGUGACGAGGGCACGUACUCCUGUGUCGCCCAUAACCA